AUCGGCAGUCGGAGGGGGAGAGAGGACCCACCCUCCCACUGCAGCGUGAAGUUAGGUUGAGCGGUGCGAGACGCGGCUGUGAGCGAGGAGAGGCUGCGGCGAGCUGGUGAUGGCGCUGCCUGUCGACGAUGACGUCCCUUUAAUCUUGACAGAAGACAACACGGGGCUGAGCGCCGACUCUGUCAGAGACGAUAUCCCCAACGAAAAUGGAGGGGGAUAUGAUAUUAUCAAUGCUGAAGUGGUGGCGACACCAGAUGUUCGAGACUACAGAACAAGCUAUGGUUCUUUGAGACAAGUCUGGGAGAUGAACUACCAGGAAGCAGCAAUCUACUUGCAGGAGGGAGAAAAUAAUGACAAGUUUUUCACACACCCAAAAGAUCAAAAAGCCCUUGGAGCCUACCUCUUUGUGCAUAAUCACACAUUCUACAUGAUGGAGUUGAUUUCUGGAUUACUGCUGUUGAUACUCUCAAUGUGCGAGGCUCCAGCUGUUCCCUCACUCCGACUGGACAUUUAUGUGCAUGCCACACUGGAGCUACUUGCACUUCUCACAGUGGUGUUUGAACUUGCUAUGAAGAUGAGAUGGUUGGGUUUUCAUACCUUUAUUAGACAUAAAAGAACUAUGCUGAAAAGUGCAGUUUUGUUUGUACAGUUUGUAGAAGUCAUUGUGGUAUUAAUCAGACAGACCUCGCAUGCCCGGGUGACACGAGCUUUGCGACCUAUCUUUCUGGUAGACUGCAGAUAUUGUGGUGCAGUGAGAAGAAAUUUGCGCCAAAUCUUCCAGUCUCUUCCUCCCUUUAUUGACAUUUUAUCACUCCUACUAUUCUUCAUGGUUAUUUUUGCUGUUUUAGGUUUUUAUUUGUUUUCUGCCAAUCGGUUGGAUCCAUAUUUUAGUACUCCAGAAGACAGCCUUGUCAGCUUGUUCGUUCUUCUAACUACAGCUAAUUUUCCAGAUGUGAUGAUGCCAGCUUAUUUCAAGAAUUCUUGGUCCUGUGUAUUUUUUAUUGUGUACUUAUCCAUCGAACUCUACUUCAUCAUGAAUCUGCUUCUUGCUGUGGUGUUUGACACAUUUAAUGAUGUUGAAAAGAAGAAAUUCAAAUCGCUGCUUUUGCACAAACGAUUAGCAAUAGAGCACGCCUUCAACCUUCUGGUCAGCAAACGGAGGCCUAAUGGCAUUUCCUUCAAACAGUUUGAGGGCUUGAUGAGAUUCUAUAACCCAAGAAUGAGUUCUAGAGAUAAAUAUCUCCUUUUCAAAGCACUAAAGAAAAGCAGUACAGAGUUACUUGGAAUAGAAGAUUUUUACAACUUCUAUGAAGUUACUGGAUUAAAAUGGAAAGCAAAAAGAAGUGGAGACUAUUGGUUUUAUGACCUCCCACAUACUCCAUUUCUUAUUUUUAAAGGUAUUAAUAUCCUUGUGAAGUCCAAAGCAUUCCAAUAUGCCAUGUAUGUUGUAAUUGCUGUAAAUGGAGUUUGGAUACUGGCAGAGACACUCAUGAUUAAAGAUGGUGCCUUUUUCCUUAGAAUUGUGCCCUGGAGUUACAUCGUAUUUCUCACAAUUUAUGGGGUUGAAAUGCUGCUGAAAAUUACUGGACUAGGACCAUCUGAAUAUUUUACAUCUGGAUGGAAUCUGUUUGAUUUCCUGGUUACCAUAUUUGCUUUUGUUGGAAUAGUGGUCCUAGCAUUUGAUAUGGAACCAUUCUAUUUCAUUGUCAUAUUGAGACCUCUUCAGCUGCUAAGAUUAUUUAAGAUUAAACGAAGAUACAGAGAUGUUCUGGACACGAUGUUUGAAUUACUUCCUAGAAUGGCCAGUUUAGGGUUAACACUCUUGAUAUUCUACUAUUCAUUUGCAAUUGUGGGAAUGGAGUUCUUUGCCGGUGUUCUCUACCGUAACUGUUGCAAUAAUAGCAUGGUAGCAGAUUCUUAUCGUUGGGAAAAUCGGACUGUUGGCGACAGAACAGUGAUACAGGGCUAUUAUUAUCUCAAUAACUUCAAUAACAUCUUGAACAGUUUUGUAACUUUAUUUGAGUUGACUGUCGUAAACAAUUGGUAUAUAAUCAUGGAAGGUGUGGUGUCUCAGACUUCUAAUUGGAGUCGUAUUUACUUUAUGACCUUUUAUAUUGUAACAAUGGUUGUGCUUACUAUUAUUGUUGCCUUUAUUUUGGAUGCCUUUCUGUUUCGAAUGAACUAUAGUAGAAAAAAUAAAGAUGAAGAAGAUGAAAAUGGAAUUGUUUUUGAAACUGAGGUGGACAAAGUGGAGAUUGAUAGACUUCUUGAAUUCAACAAACAGAAUGGUUCUCCAGCUUCUGAAAUUGCAGGGCUUUUUAAAUUGUCAUCCAGAAUGGCAAAGAAUGAUCAACUUAAAAUGGUUUUCAUUGGUAGAAGAUUAAGAACUAAAAGUGACCUGAGUAUUAAAAUGUAUGAAGAAGAAAUUCAGGAAUGGUAUGAAGAGCAUGUUCGAGUAAACCAAACAUGGCAUGACCAGCCACUGGAAUGUAUUUUGAAUUCUAGCACUCAUCUGCCUUCUGCAGAACUACGACAGCGAUCUCAGACUGUAACUUAGAAACAUA